UAGGAGGAAGGGAAGCCCCAUCAUUUCUGCUCCCGGGUGCAGAGGGUGGAGGGCUGGCAAGGGUAAGAAGCGCCAGCCACGGAGGAAUAGACCCUUAGAUCAGGGUUCCUCAUGGCUGGCUGGGGAAUUCUGGGAGUUGAAGUCCACACCUCUUCAAGUCGCCAAGAUUGAGGAACUCUGCCUUAAAUGAUGCUUUUUGGAAUCCCGUGCAGAUUGAUGUUGGACCCUGGGAGAAAUCUGGGAUUCUGCCUAUGCAAAAGAUGGCAAGCCCCCUUGUUGACUAAAAAAUAAACAAACUGGACCGUCAGAUAGCUCGAAGAAAGGAUAUCUAGGUGUAAAUACAAAUUGUAGCUGCUUUUCAAAAAUUUAAGGAGGAAACAAGGAAGAUGACAUCAAACCCUUCUGGACAAGGCUUUCAGAAUAAAAACAGGGUUGCAAUCUUGGCUGAGCUAGACAAGGAGAAGAGAAAGCUGCUGAUGCAAAACCAGUCUUCCACAAAUCACCCUGGAGCCAGCAUCUCUUUGGCUAGAUCCUCCCUUAACAAGGAUUUUCGGGAUCACGCAGAGCAGCAGCACAUAGCAGCGCAGCAGAAGGCUGCUUUACAGGUGUAUCUAUUCCUCUUCCAGCAUGCUCACGCACAUUCUUCAGGAUAUUUUAUAACACAAGACUCAGCCUUUGGAAAUCUUAUUCUUCCUGUAUUACCACGACUAGAUGUAGAGUAAGAGAAAAUUCAUGGAACGAAAAACAUCUGGAUUCAACUAAUCUACUUUUCCAACUUUCAGGCAAUCAUUUGUGAGAAGAAGAACUGAAAACUGUUCAAAAUGGCUUUGAUUUUGGAUUUGUAAUAUUUUGUUUUUAGGAGACAACAAAAAAUAUAUUCUUGAAAUUCCCUGGUUUAGUCCUGUUACAUAUGCACUGGCAUUUUUUAAGAAUUCAUUUUCCCUUUCUAGCACACAGGAAUAAGGCUUUAAAUUAGUAAAGGGAAGGGACGGCGCAAUGUCUCAGUAACGUAAAGAUCUUUAACAGUGUCCUGCUAUCCACUUAUUAAAUUGAUUAUGUCUAAGUCUUACUGGUGAGCUUUGAUAGUUCCUAAUACUGUAAAAAAUAGAAUGUUGGACUUUACAAAUUCAAAGAGAAACAACCGUGUGCAUGGGACAGAUGUAUCAAAUAAAUUUAAUGUUUAAUUUAACAUAACUGAUUAGCUGAACUCUUCUCAAAGGCUUCCCCCAUGAAGCAGAAUCACAUAGAAAAGUGAACAAUCACAACAGAAAGAUAAGCACAAGAAGAAUAUAUGAUAGCCCUAACCAAAAUGACUUAAUCUCAUGAGAUUCUGGCAGCAUGAUCACCUGGAAUUUUCUGAAAGAUUAAGUUGAGAGUACAUGUUUCCACAAGACAAUGUCCAUCUAAUUGUAUAUAACGGGUGGCUGGUACAGCCUCAUUUGUGCAAGUCUCACAGCCGGAAUCUGGUAUUUGUUUCCCUUCCAUCUUUUCUUCCCACUGAGCAAAACUGCACACGCAAACAAGAUUGAGAGUUCCAAAAGAAAAGAGGGCCUUAGCAAUUGGGAAAAUGCUACCUGCUGAAUUGUUGCUUAUCAUGUAGCUCUUAAGAAAAAAACACCACCAACAGCAUACACAGGAGACAAAUAAUGUCAUUCUGGUGUAGUUGUCUCGCAUCUGUUUUAUCUUGCACAUUUGUUUGUUAUACACAAAUUUAAGACUACACGGACCUUAUCCAGCCUCUUGGCUUCCCAGCAUGCCCUCUUCUAGAGGUGCCAGCAAUGGAGGACAGCCAGUCAGAAGUAGAUUCACAGGAGGCAUGGGACACUGAAGCACCUAUUUCCUCAACUGUGUGUGGAAACAACUGUCACCAAAAGUGUUGAUUGAUAGGCAUAUACAAGUGAAUGUGUGGCAGUUCUUAAGUUAGCAGCAUAAAUUUGUACACCAAGAGUUCUUAAAUGUUUUGCCAUCACACCUCCCUUUAGCGUAAUCUUAAUGUACACACCUCCCCUAAAAAUCCAAACAC